AUGACACAGAAGAUAAAAUUCCAAGUAGUCUACGCUACAGGUAGUGACGAUGAUUACAGCAGCUCGGCCCUGGAGGACCACGGUCCCUCUGUUAAGGGUUGGAGAUCUGAGCGGUUCUGUGUGUUCCCCCAGGAGCUCGUCCUUCAGCUCCCUAGUAGCAUCAGAGUGAGGAAGUUGCAGCUGCUCUCCCACCAGUUCCUGAUAGCUAGGAAGGUGGAGCUAUAUGUGGGGGAGUGUAGGAGGGGAGGGUCUGCGGGGUAUCAGAGUGCUUCUUUUGAUAGGUUGGGGUAUAUUUCCUUUGAGAGCAACGAGAAGACACAGUUUAAAGCAAGGGAGUUAAAGUCGGUACAUCUGGACUGUACCGGCACCUUUGUCAAGCUAGUGUGUCAGAAGAACCAUGUUAAUAAACACAACAUUUUUAACCAGGUAGGGAUCGUGGCGGUGAACAUUAUCGGGGAGUAUCUCUCCAACUCUCCGGAUAAACCAGAGUCUUACCGGGAUAUAAACAUAGCUAAUGAGAACACUGAUCCAGUGGUCAUGGGGAAUAUAAACAAGCCUUCAAACAUGUCUCUGAUAGACGACAUCACCUUUGGGGUGUACCAGGAUCCGGAGGUUGCCAGGGUGAUCCAGCAGUUAGAGAGGAAGAAACACCUAGCUAUAGAGGAGGAGAAGUAUGACUUUGCUAAGCGCUUGAAACAGGCUAUCGGUGAUUUGUAUAAAGUGGGGGAGAAGCUGGGGAGGCUGGAGAAGGAGAAGAAGGCGGCUGUAACCGAAGAGAACUAUGAUCUUGCUCAAGCGAAGAAGAUUCAAGCGGAUGAGAUCAGAGUGGUUGUGUUUCAGCAGCUGAAUAUCCAGAGUCUGCUUCAGUCAGACCGACUGUUAACAGACGACACCCCCCACGUCUUAGUAAGGUCUCCACCCCACCAACUCCCAGCUUUACCAGACCCCUCCCCCGCUCCACCUCCCACCUACAAUCAGCCUCCUUACCAGCAGCCCCCCAGUGCAGUUCCCUCUCUCCACUCUGACGGUGGUUACAUUGCCGCCCCAGAUCAAGUGCCAGAACAGCCGGUGAGACCCCGGGGCGGGGACCGUCCCAUCCCUACUCUAGCUAACAAGACGGCACAGGAGCUGGAGGAGGAGGAGGUGGAGACUCCAAGGGACCCUGACGGUCCUGACGAGCACAGUAUGAAGGUAGCUCAUGAUCUGAACCAAGCAGUGGACCUGUUCGGACAGGUUACUGUUGCGUGUCUGUUCUGCAAACAGUUUGCACUCCGAGAGAAGGGCAUCAACCAGAUAUCAGAGACCCUGUCCACUCUUGAAACCUCCUCUCCAACAUACUCUGUCAGAGCUCUCAUCCAGGUCUUUCAACAAGCCUUCACUGAUCCUGUCUACAACACCUUGACAGUCAAUCUGGAUGUUUUCAAGUCAUUGCUUAAAAGGGAUGUUCUUUCAAAGGGCCAUACAACGGAGCUAUGUAAUCAGACCCUUCCUAUCUUAUUAAGGCGGGUCGGGGAAAACGUUCGAAACCGAGAAUUGAUCAUGUCCUCAUUUUUAGAAAUCAGCAAAACUAAGCACCUAAUGGCAGCUCCAACAGUGCCGAACAUAACGGUGUCUGUCUGUAAAGAGAAGAAUCCUAAAGUGUUGACUGCAAGGUUGCUCCUACUGGAAAACCAGAUUGAAAACUCAGGCUUGGAACAAAGUUCCUACACGGUUGAACUGGUGAUGAAGUUUGUAGCCCCAGCUCUGACUCACACUGCACGGGACGUGAGGGAUGCGGCUAUAAAGAUCACCCUGCUCAUGUACAAACAGUAUGGGGACCCUGUUAGGAAGCACCUACCUAAGGACGAACCAAUCUUGAGGAAGAAACAGCUGAUCUGGAAGAAGAUAUUCGAAUCAUUUGAUGAGAUAGACGGGAAACCUGUCCACAAGCCAAACGAGCCGACAGCUGAAGACAAGAAAGCUGCUCAAGUAGCCGCCCUGAAAGCCGAGCUAGCCUCACUUCGGGAGAUGGCUGCUGGAGCUAACAUAGACGUGCCGGAAGAGUUGAAGGAAGGUAACGAACACAUGAAAAUGAAACCUGGUGGGAUCAAGAAGAAGAAGAAGAAGGCUCCUCCGGGGAAACCCGCUCCAAUAGCAGAAGAGAAGCCCGGAGAGCCGGAAAUAGAGGAUACACUAGACAAGACCUGCAUGUUCUGUAACGAGCACAAUGAGAAGUUCAACGCUGAGACUCUAGACGUUCACUUCUGGAGAUCCUGCCCGAUGUUGAGCAGGUGCUCGCACUGCUCACAAGUAGUGGAGAUAGCCGGCACCACCACUCACCUCCUGACGGAGUGCACUGCCCAGGAGAAGUUCCAGCCUUGUAAAGACUGCCAGCUAGCGGUGGAGACCGGGACAGAUCACACGUGUUCAGUGCAGCCGGGGGAGGGGGAGACGCUGUGUCCGCUGUGUAUGGUGUCAGUGAAGGAUGGAGAGGAGGGGUGGCGGCAGCACCUCAUGAGUGCUGAUGGGUGUAGGAGUAACUCGAGGAGGGAGCAGAAGAAAUAGAUUUGUUGGCACACUGCCAGUUGGCACACAGAUUUUAUUCAUUUUAUGUGUCAUGUGGGGUGAAGUAAUUUGUAAGGUGUACAUAUCGCAUGUUGUUAGGAGGUCGAGAGAGUUUGGAGUUCAGAAAGACAGAUUCAGGCAGUUUUGGGAGUAGUUAUUGCCUCUCCUGGCAUGGACAGAUUUUAUCUUAUUUAUAACAAUUAUAAGGAAUUUAAUAUUACUAUUCAGAAAUUGUUAGGAAGAAUGUUUAGUUUCAGAGUUCAGAUGUAGUAGUGUUAAAGAGUUGGCUGAGGGCCAAGUUCAGAUGUAGUGUUAGAGAGUUGGCUGAGGGCCAAGUUCAGAUGUAGUGUUAGAGAGUUGGCUGAGGGCCAAGUUCAGAUAUUGUAGUGUUAGAGAGUUACUAGAUACACUGGCUAAGGGCCUGUGUUUGUGAAGGUGAUUUAUAUGAUGUACAGAUUAAUUUGAAUUUUUAUGCAUGAAAGUUUCUUCGUGAAAUACAGCACUAUUAUUACAUAUAUUAUAUACGACAUGGUUCAAUAAAAUAUAUUCAAAACUCUAAUGAGUAUUUAUUCUGGGGAUUUAAAUGUUUUCUUCAAAAUGUAUUCCGUUUUACCGAAUAUUUAUGUUUGUUAUAUUAUAUAUAUGGCCAUGGUCCACAUUUUAGAGGGCGCAACGAAUAUUUUCGUGACAAUUUUCAUUCGACCAGAAGCUUUUCUAAACGACCAGAAGCUCACUUGAAUUUACACGGAAAGAACUGAGCUCAUGUUUAUUAGGAAAUGAGAAUGAAAUAUCGCCAUGUAUACAGUCACGGAUAUUCUUUGUUUCCUCACAUAUUUAAAGCAAAACUGAUUUGAUAGGGUUUAUAUAAACGUAACGCAGUGCUGUAAAGUACCAUAGCUAUUGAUUUUAAACAUGAAAAUACUUUCUACACCCAUAUUUAAAGCUUAUUACAAUUAUUAUAAUUUAUUAUAAUUUAUUAAAUAGCUUACUUUCCUUGAACUCAUGCAGAAUUUAGUACAAUAUUCGGCAAACUUGAUUCUUUAUGUCAUUUCUGUUUUUCCACGUUCUUCCACAAGAUUGUAUCUAUAAAAUUUAAGCUAUUUGAUAAGUCUGAAGGAAAGUGAGAAAAUUAGAAGAGAUGUGUUUUCCCAGUGUCUUGUUAGAAAUUUGUAUUUGUACUAUUGUAAAAAUAUA